GUUGAAGCAGGAAACAAACUGUGACAAACAGAGGUGCAGUCAGAGGAGGAGCUUAACUGGAAAGACCAGAUUCAAUGUCACUUUACUGAAAUGAAAGUCAAACUUUGUCAGGGCGACGGCAGAGCUGCAGUCCAGACAAAUCUCUGUGUAUCUGUCUGAAGAAAAUUCACUCAAAUACUGUGUGUAGACAUGUCUGCUGCCAGAUGUGUGAGAUCUGAAGAUCAGUUUCUGUGCUCCAUCUGUCUGGAUGUGUUCACUGAUCCAGUCACUACAUCAUGUGGACACAACUUCUGCAAACACUGCAUCACUCAACACUGGGAUACUACUGAUCUAUGUAAGUGUCCCCUGUGUAAAGAGAUUUUCGACACUAGACCUCAGCUGAAGAUCAACACUUUCAUUCGUGAGAUGGUUGCUGAGUUCAGACAUGAAGCUCAACAGAAAACCAGCAGCAGCAGCUCAGAGCAACAAGCUGCCAAACCAGGAGAAGUUCCCUGUGACGUCUGCACUGGAACCAAACUGAAGGCCCUGAAGUCCUGCCUGGUGUGUCUGCUCUCCUACUGUGACUCUCACCUAGAGACUCAUCGAACAAUGUCACGCCUGAAAAGACAUCAGCUGAUCCACCCUGUGGACAACCUUGAAGACAGGAUGUGUAGGAAGCAUGAUAAACCUCUGGAGCUGUUCUGUAAGACCGACCAGACAUGUGUCUGCAUGCUCUGCUCUGUUUUAGACCACAAGACACAUGAGGUUGUUCCUCUGAAAGAAGAAUAUGAAGGAAAGAAGGCAGAGCUGGGGAAGACAGAGGAUGAAAUUCAGCAGAUGAUCCAGAAGAGACAACUGAAGAUUGAGGAGAUGAAAGAAUCAGUGAAGAUGAGUAAAGAUGCUGCAGACAGAGAGAAAGCAGAAGGUGUUCAGGUCUUCACUGCUCUGAAGGAGUCUGUUGAGAGAGGCCUGGACCAGCUCAUCAAGGAGAUCGACGACAAACAGAAAACAACAGAGAAACAGGCUAAAGGUUUCAUAAAAGAUCUGGAACAGGAAGUCUCUGAGCUGAUGAAGAGGAGCUCUGAGGUAAAGCAGCUCUCACGCUCUGAAGACCACCUCCACCUCCUCCAAAGCUUCUCCUCCCUGAAAGCUGCUCCACCCACCAAGGACUGGACAGAGAUCAGCGUCCGUCCACCAUCAUAUGAGGGGACUGUGGUGAGAGCUGUGACUCAGCUAGAGGAGACACUCAGUAAAGACAUGAAGAAGCUGCUUGAGGCUGAGCUGAAGAGGAUCCAGCAGUAUGCAGUGGAUGUGACUCUAGAUCCUGAUACAGCACAUCCUCAACUCAUCCUGUCUGAUUAUGGAAAACAAGUUCACUGUGGUGAUAAGAGUAAGAAUCUUCCAGACAACCCAGAGAGAUUUUCCACAUGUGUUAAUGUCUUAGGAAAGAAGAGUUUCUCUUCAGGCAGAUUUUACUUUCAGGUUCAGGUUACAGGAAAGACUGACUGGGAUCUAGGAGUGGCCAGAAAGUCAAUCGACAGGAAGGGAGAAAUCAGUCUGAGUCCUCAGAAUGGUUUCUGGACUGUAUGGUUGAGAAAUGGAAAUGAAUAUGAAGCUCUUGAUGAUCCUUCAGUGUGUCUCCCUCUUGGUUCUCGUCCUGAGAAGGUGGGGGUGUUUGUGGAUUAUGAGGAGGGUCUGGUCUCCUUUCAUGAUGUAAAUACUGCAGCUCUUAUCUACUCCUUUACUGGCUGCUCAUUCAGUGGCAAACUUUACCCAUUCUUCUGUCCUGAAUUGAACUAUGGUGGUAAAAAUUCUGCACCUCUGAUCAUCUGUCCUGUCAAUCAAACUUCAGAGGACAAGUCAAAAUGCAAAGACCAGAUGCAACGUCAGUUUACUACAGUGAAAGACAAACUGUGUGAGAGCGACGACAGACCUGGAGUCCAGACAAAUCUCUGUGUUUCUAUCAUCUGGGUUCAUCUGCUCUUUUGUCAACAUCUGACUCAAACACUGUGUGUAGACAUGUCUGCUGCCAGAUGUCUGAGAUCUGAAGAUCAGUUUCUGUGCUCCAUCUGUCUGGAUGUGUUCACUGAUCCAAUCACUACAUCAUGUGGACACAACUUCUGCAAACACUGCAGAAGUUGUGUAAAUCUCUGUGUCCACACUCAACACUGGGAUCAUAAUGACACGUUCCAGUGUCCAAUGUGUAAAAAAGUGUUUGAGACAAGACCUGAACUAAACAUCAACACUUUGUUCUCUGAGAUGGUUGCUGAGUUCAGACAUGAAGCUCAACAGAAAGCCAGCAGCAGCAGCUCAGAGCAACAAGCUGCCAAACCAGGAGAAGUUCCCUGUGACGUCUGCACUGGAACCAAACUGAAGGCCCUGAAGUCCUGCCUGGUGUGUCUGCUCUCCUACUGUGACUCUCACCUGGAGCCUCAUCUGACAAUGUCACGUCUGAAAAGACAUCAGCUGAUCCACCCUGUGGACAACCUGGAUGACAGGAUGUGUAGGAAGCACGAUAAACCUCUGGAGCUGUUCUGUAAGACCGACCAGACAUGUGUCUGCAUGUUCUGCUCUGUUUUAGACCACAAGACACAUGAUGUUGUUCCUCUGAAAGAAGAAUAUGAAGGAAAGAAGGCAGAGCUGGGGAAGACAGAGGAUGAAAUUCAGCAGAUGAUCCUGAAGAGACGACUGAAGAUUGAGGAGAUGAAAGAGUCAGUGAAGAUGAGUAAAGAUGCUGCAGACAGAGAGAAAGCAGAAGGUGUUCAGGUCUUCACUGCUCUGAAGGAGUCUGUUGAGAGAGGCCUGGAUCAGCUCAUAAAGGAGAUCGAAGACAAACAGAAAACAAGAGAGAAACAGGCUGAAGGUUUCAUCAAAGAUCUGGAACAGGAAGUCUCUGAGCUGAUGAAGAGGAGCUCUGAGGUAAAGCAGCUCUCAUGCUCUGAAGACCACCUCCACCUCCUCCAAAGCUUCUCCUUCCUGAAAGCUGCUCCACCCACCAAGGACUGGACAGAGGUCAGCGUCUGUCCACCAUCAUAUGAGGGGACUGUGGUGAGAGCUGUGACUCAGCUGACGGAGACACUCAGGAAAGACGUGAAGAAGCUUCUUUCUGAGGCUGAGCUGAAGAGGGUCCACCAGUAUGCAGUGGAUGUGACUCUAGAUCCUGAUACAGCACAUCCUGGACUCAUCCUGUCUGAUGACGGAAAACAAGUGAAUCAUAGUGACGUGAGGAAGAAACUUCCAGACAACCCAGAGAGAUUUUCUAAAUGUGCCUGUGUUUUAGGAAAGAACAGUUUCUCUUCAGGUAGAUUUUACCAUCAGGUUCAGGUUAAAGGAAAGACUGACUGGGAUCUAGGAGUGGCCAGAGAGUUAAUCGACAGGAAGGGAGACAUCACUCUGUGUCCUCAGAAUGGUUUCUGGACUGUAAGGUUGAGAAAUGGAAAUGAAUACGAAGCCUUUGCUGGUCCUCCAGUGCGUCUCUCUCUUGGUUCUCGUCCUGAGAAGGUGGGGGUGUUUGUGGAUUAUGAGGAGGGUCUGGUCUCCUUUCAGGAUGUAGAUACUGCGGCUCUUAUCUACUCCUUUACUGGCUGCUCCUUCAAUGAUAAACUUUACUCAUUCUUCUGUCCAUGUGUGAAUGAUGGUGGUAAAAACUCUGCACCUCUGAUCAUCUGUCCUGUCAAUCACACUGUCUGAUCCAUUUAAUGAUGAAGCUUUGAGAUCAAUGAAUGAACUUAUUGAUCUUCACUCUUUAUUCACACUCUGUACAUAUAUGCUUUAAUACUACAAUACUGGUACAGCUGAGAACACAAAGAUAUCAAUGGAUUAGAGAGAUACGCUACAAACUGAUUAUUCUGGAAUAAAAUGAUUUCAUUGUGAAUUAUGAUAAAAAUGUUUAUAUCAACUUGUUUUCUUUCAUUAAUGUUCUCAUUCCUUAAUUCUUCAGUUUAGAUUUAAUGGUUGUUGGACUUUUACCUUUUACUUGUUUUAAUGGUUUUAUUGAUUGAUGAAACUCUUGUGUGGAAUUUGUGAUAAUUGUGAAAUGAGCUACAAUUAAAACAAACAAUUAAACAAUUAAACAAAGACCUAUAACUGUGAACUAGAUCGUGUCUGUGUCAUCAGGAGAGUUUGUUGAAGACAAGAAUCUCAAACUAUUCUCCUAUUGUUAUAUUACACAAAGCCCUCUGACAUUAUUAGACAAGAUUCCACAGUGUUACACAUGAAUGUACUACACAAAUCUAGAAGUUUAUAGGAGAAAUAAAAUGAGUGAUGUAACUUUAUUCUGAAUGUGGGAUUGACCCAGAGCUGUAAAAGACUGUAACAUGAAGAUGAGUUCCUGCAGAUUGAAAUAAAGUCACACUGUAAAAGAAAAGAUGGACCAAACACAA